GGAAUAGCAGCCUUGAGGCACUGAGAUUUGUUCACACUUUCUUUUUGCCACACUUUGAAGGCUGAAUGCAUCAGAGAAAAGAGCAGCCACCGAGUUUAGGUCCUGUGCAUAUGGGAUUUCUCAAUAAAUGAAUCAGGACCCAACUAAAGUUUACAGGUAUUGGCAAAAUUGGAAUCAAACACAACAUAAAGACAGGAAGACUUAAUAGCUUCAGGAUGUCAAAAGUCAUCCCAAAUCAUGUGGUACGGGUUGGGCAGACAGUGUGCAUUUCACCCAAAGAGGAACAUGCCUGCUUGCAGCACCCAAAUGAUGGUUUGUCCUGUCACACAUUGCCAAUGCAGUGUUUUUAUUAUACAGUGAAAGGCUGGGACAGGGAGAACUUGUUGGCUCAAACCCAAGAAUGUUCACUACCUAAUAAAUCUGUUAAAUCUACUGUAAUAGUCACACCCAUGCCCUCUCAAGAUUGUGAGGACAAACAGCAGGAACAGCCAAAGGGGCCAAAUGAAGACAGCUAUCCAGCCUCUCCUACUUUGGAUAUAUCUAUUGAGAACUUGAACCGCUUAAUCUUGGAAAUUGACCCAACUUUCAAGCCACUCCAACAGCCGAACCAGGCAGACAGUCCCUCCCAAAUUGCUCCACAAAGCAACACCAGUGCAGUAGCAAAGCAUGAACCUGAUACAUCAGACAUAAAAUAUAUUGAAAUGUCACCAGGCAAAACCAAGUAUCAAGAGUCUUGGCAGAGCUCAAGAAGUCCUUGCAGCACUCCACUUUCUGUAUCUUCCCCAAACCGCAGUCAUUUAUUUCUUCGUGGAGGCAACCUUGGCUAUAACUAUGAUGCUGUUGGUAAUAUUUCUGGAAGUGCACAGCAUUUCUCCCCUACAGGAAGACAGUCACCAACUUGCAUCCAAGUAUCAGAGAGUAUCUCCAUUCCACAACGAGAUCAGAAGAAUUUUGCAUCCUAUGGUUCAAAUUCUUCCCUAGCUUCCUCUCCGGGCAUCCUGCAGCUCAGGAGGAUGGCACAGCGAUGCAGUGAGGCAUCAAUGCUUUCAACAAGUCCUGGGUCAGACACCAGUUACAUUCUCGGAAGCAGCAGCAGCCAAUCAUUGUCCAACAAUGAAUCUGACAUACCUCUAAUCAAGUCAAUAGGAAGCCCCUCCUCCGUUGAAUCCCUGACAGGGUGUUAUGUUGCAUCCAACAGCCCUGGUUCUUCCUACCCCAGAGCCACAUGCUCCCAGAAAGCGAAUUCUCCUCUAACUCAGGCAUACCAGAAGGGACAAACCCUCACCCACACCCACUCUCUUUCAUCUUCAAAUCCCCCACUCCCAAUUCCUAUAGUGCUCAUCAAUGGUCUCCCAGAAGAGAGUGAGACAGCUACUCAACUUUCCAGGGGCUGCUCCAGUUCCUUCAAAGAUAAGAUGCUUAAAGCCAAAUCCAGCAGUUUUUCAGGAGUUAAUGGUUUAAACAACUCCUAUUCUGACAACUCAAGUUCUUCCACUUCUUCUCUGGAUGGGUAUUCCAAAGAAGCCCAGACAACUAUGAAGUUUGUGAUGGACACCUCGAAAUAUUGGUUUAAACCCAGCAUCACAAGAGACCAAGCUAUCCAACUGCUAAUGGAUGAACCACCAGGUACAUUUAUUAUGAGGGACAGCACAUCUUAUCCUGGCUCAUUUGGCUUAGCCCUGAAAGUUUUCAGCAACAAAGCAGGAGAAGAUGUUGGUAACCACAUUAGACACUUCCUCGUUGAAUCUUCUCCCAAAGGAGUGCAUCUUAAGGGAGCAGAAGAAGAACCCUAUUUUGGGAGUCUCUCAGCAUUUGUAUAUCAACACACCAUUAUGCCAUUAGCACUACCCUGCAAACUGAUCAUUCCUAGUCAAGCUUUCCUCAACGAUGAAAAUCCAGUCCUUGGUUCAGAAGCUGCUCUUCCUUUGUCUCAAAAAGCUGCUGUAUGUAAUCUCUUGUAUCUGCACUCAGUGACUAUGGAAACCCUCACUGGCAAAGCAGCAGUUCAGAAAGCAGUAUCUUCCACUUUUGAACAAGAGAUGCUGCCCACACCCACCAUUGUCCACUUCAAAGUUACUGCAUUAGGAAUAACUUUGACUGACAUCCAGAGAAAGAUCUUUUUCAGACGGCACUAUCCAUUGGCUACCAUCAGUUUUUGUGACAUGGAUCCUGAAAAUCGAAAGUGGCAAAAGUUUUCCAAAACUUCAAGGAUCUUUGGUGUUGUUUCCAAGAGCCCAGCUGAUUCUGAGAAUAUUUGCCACCUCUUUGCAGAAUAUGAUGCGGUGCAUCCAGCUUCUCACAUAGUUGACUUUAUCCAGAAACUUCUCCUUGAGGUCUAAGGCUGCCACAGUACUGAAAUGUCUGUUUCUAGCAAAUUCUUUGCCUUGUGCAAUGUGCCAAACAAUGUUACCUCUUCAAGCUGCUGUGUUGUGUUUUGAGGCUGCAGAUUGAUUUUCAUCAGUAGGAAACCACUUAAGAUUGUUGGUAUCAACCUUCAUAAUCUCCAAACAAAAAAAAUAAUUGCUGGCUGGGAAUUGAUUUAUCUGAAACAAUAAUCAGGCUAUUUAAUAUCAGCUCUCUCUGUUACAAUUGAAUAGUUGCAAUGAGAAAUGAGAGGACUUUAUAGGAAUGGUUUAACAGAGAACCAAAAGCAUAUUCUGUCCUAUCUACAAAUAGACUAGCAUUAUAUUUUCUGACCUUCUGUUUUCUCUAAAAUAGUCUUUUGUCUGAUUUAUCAGAAACCUAUCCCUCUUAUUGGAAAAGAUAGACUUUUUACAACUGAUGUUACUUUGGGGGGGGGUAACAACUCAAGUACUGGGAACAAGAUUGCUGAUAGCGAUGUAAUAGAUUAUUAACACCAUUUCAACACCUUUUUGAUAUACAGUAUAUUAUGUUUCACUUCUUCAUUUAUUGUAAUGGCCAGUGGGGAAGUCCAAUAAACUAAGUUUGCAAGCUA